ACGGUUGUUGUUUCUCAGGUCGGCCACACGGGGUCGCUGUUAUCUUUAAAUCCCUGUAUAUAAAGUCAUCUUACGCAACGAGGUUAAACUCCAAACGCCUGCUUACUCGCUAUACAAACCCACUACCCAGGGAUAGACAAUACAACCUAUGUAGUGCACUUACUAUCCCAGAGAGUGUGAUUGAGGAUUGAGCCUCAUCGUGUCGCCAGAAAGGACUCCAGUUUUGUUUCGCUUCUGCUCGAGAAGUUAAACAAAAAAAAACGGGUUUAUUUAUUUUAUUUCAUUAUUAUUUUAAUUUUUAAAUGUAUUUUUAUUCCAGUGUUUGUGCUUUGCGUUAUGUCCUAUGCCUCGGGCUACAUCCGGACAUCCGGGAGAUUAAAAUGUUUUCAUUGUAAACAUCAAGCUGUCAGAUAGUUGAUUGUCCUCAUUAAAUAUAGGUCUAUCUGGUGAUGUGGGGAAAAAGGAGAUAAAACUGUGCAGCCAUGCCGCUGACGCUGAGUUUAUCCCCGGCCGCUGUGUGUCAGUGCUUCACGCUGGUUUCCCUCUGCACCGCCAUCGCCGACCCGAACUGGAUCCAAGUGCAGAACACGACAGGCACGAACCAGCUCAUUUACGGAGUGGCCUUUACACUACACGCUGCACAGAACCUCUCCAAUACCGCACCGUUGGGUGGAAUGCAUGGACUAGGCAUGGAUUUGCUCUACACGCUCGUUGCUCUGUGCUACAGCGCCGUUCUGCUCUCCAGCUCCUCCUUCUUAACGGACUUCCUCGGUAUCAGGUUCACUCGCCCCAGGCUGGUCAUGUCACUUCACAUCUCCACAGCCAUGAUGUGUGUGGCGGUCCUGGCCGUGAGUGGGACGUGUCUCUGGGUGGUCCAGCAGAACGUGCAGAAAGGGAGAGUGAACUGGGUUUGGAGCACGGCCUCGGCUCCACCCAGCGGACUGAGCACCUCGCCUGGAGAGAGCUUUUACAUCGAGAUACUGGCUCUCGGCUUCUCCUUCAUGGCCGCCGUCCUCAGCUGUCACCGUCCUUCCGAGUCCAUCGUUCCCUCGCAGUUCAACUCGGUGGAGCCCGAGGACGGAGAGACGGAGCGUCUCAUAGCUGGAACGGGACCCGAUGAAGACGAGUGGGGUGACUGAGUAGACUUCACAUACAGCAUCAGACCGUGUGCUUUUAUAUCGGAUAAGAACACUGUGCUGCACACUGCACAAUGCUGACUGCUGGAUAUGUUCAGUAGUUACUUGGCAGUUUACUAAAAUAUGUGCACUGUGUUAGGGUUUUUA